UUUGUUUGAGGAAAUCUAGCAUCAUGACAAUUAGAAACACUCUCCGGGAUCAUGGACAGAGGUACAGACCACGGAUGGCAUGUCUCAAGAAGGCAGAGAGAAUUCUCCUGGAAAUGCAGGAUCCUAAAACAGGAGUUAAGUCUCACCUCCAAAGGCUGGUUAUCACAACGAUCCCGCACGCCAUUACAGGUGAAGACAUAGUUGCAUGGUUAGCCAACAGAUUCCAAGUAGAAGCACAAGAGGCGAGGACGUUUGGCUCCAUGCUGGUGGCGUUAGGAUACAUUUACCCUCUACAAGACCACAAGCGCUUGCUGAUGAAGCCAGACACAUCCCUCUACCGUUUCCAGACACCGUAUUUCUGGCCCACACAGCAGUGGCCUGUUGAGGACACAGAUUACGCCAUCUACCUGGCCAAAAGGAACAUAAGAAAGAAAGGAAUGCUGGAGGUGCACGAGCAGGAGCAGUAUAACCGCCUGCACAAGUGGAUGAAUCAUAAAUGGGAUUUCAUAGUGAUGCAAGCUAAAGAACAGUACAGGGCUGCAAAGGAAAGGAAGAAACCGGAUCGUGUGGUGUUUGAUUGUCAAGAGCGAGCCUACUGGGUGGUUCACAGACCCCUGCCAGACACGGUGAGUGCCAUGGACUACGGCCUGGACCGACGUGUAGAUCCUAAUGAAGAAGAGCCAAAAACACCGGACUUCUAUGAGAGAAUAAAGAUCUUUACCCAGCAGUCCAUCAUGAGGCGCAGAGUGAAGUCAUCUGUUUCCACUGGCGCUAUGGUUAAAUAUUGUGCCACCUACCACAGCCACGACCCUUUCCUAUCAAAGUGUCUUCCCAGCAAUCCCUGGCUCACUGACGAUGUCACGUACUGGACGCUAAACAUGCCCAAUGUGGAAAUACCAACUAAAAUGCGGGUGGAGAGCUGGACUUUCAGUUUUGGAGAACUGCUCUCAGACCCUCGAGGACGAGAUGAUUUCAGACUUUUUCUGAAGAAAGAAUUUAGCGGUGAGAACUUGGCAUUCUGGGAAGGUUGUGAGGAUUUGAAGUGGGGCACUUCUGAGACAAUGAGAGACAAAGCAGAGCAAAUCUACAAAACUUUCCUUGCACGUGGUGCACCCCGGUGGAUCAACAUAGAUGGAAAGACAAUGGAAAUCACAGUGAAUGGCUUGCAACACCCACACCGAUAUGUCCUGGACGCAGCCCAAACUCACAUCUUCAUGCUCAUGAAGAAGGACUCAUACGGCCGGUACAUGAAAUCUCCAGUGUUUAAGGAAACACUGAAGAAGGCCAUCUGUCCUGAGGAGCACAAGUUCACUGACUCUCAGCUGGAGCAGAACGCAAAGAACAGACGUCCCAGCAUCAGCCCCAUCAUCCUCCGGCAGCAGGAACAGGAGCUGAAGGCCAAGAUGGCGGCCAAUGCCCCUGUUGACAUCACACAGCUGUGUCGCUUCACUACUCCCAUCCCUCACCUCGCAGUCUACUCUGGCAUCAUUGACUCUGCUUCUGCCAGUGCCUCACCCUCGCUCCCUUUUCUUGCCCACACGCCGGUUUGUCCGUCCCCCAUCAGUGUGGCCUUAGACAGCACCUCGGCCUCUGAGCGACGAGGAGAAGGAGAAGCUGAAAGAAAUGCUGACUCUUCAACACCCACGGGUGGAAAUCCACCCAAAUCCCGCAUGACCCUCUCCCUGCGUCGUUUGCUGAGACGGAGCUGCAAUCCUUCUACCGUUUUCACCACCUUGUCACCAAAGUGUAACACAGCUGCUGGGACAAGUAGUCGUGUUCAACCUAUAAGUGCAGAUCAACCUACUCAGGUUCCUCCAAGAAGGCUGGGCAAUUUCUUUCAGUUCAAAGUGGAUAUUCCUCCUGAAUGCCGGAUCUACCCCAUAGAAUCUGAGGAUGAGGAAGACGAGAACAGGGCUGCUCCUCACAGUGGAAUUGGUGCCAAGGAGAUCAUCUGUCCCUGGGAGAGUCUGAGCCAACAGAAUGGGACUGGUUAAUAGAUGCCACUUACACUAGUACACUGACAGAAA